AGAAAGAGUUUUGGAAGUAGUAAUCCCAAAAUUCUUUUGAAUCUAGAGAUCACUUUUUUGACGAUCAAGGAGCUGCUGCUGGGGCAAAUGCGGAGCAGGCAAUCGUAGGUUUGGUAUGGGAAAUUUGGAAUAGAUAGCCACGCCACGCUGAAAAAGAAAAGAGAUAAACACGCCACGCCACUAUUUAUGAAUCUUUAAUUAAUUUUAAUGACACGACAUUUGACCCAAAAUAACAUAAAGUCGAAGCGAAUUCUCAUAGUUUGAUGAAAUGGCCAGUGGAAGGAUGCUCUCCGCAUUCAGAAAACUCUCCAUCACUGCACGUAUAACACCUUAUCGAUCUCUUAGUACAUUGGUAUUAGCUGAGCAUGAAGGAGGAUCAAUCAAAACCUCAUCAUUAAGUGCCGUUGAGGCUGCAAAAUCUUUAGGUGGGGACAAUUCUGUAUCGUUGCUACUUGCUGGAUCCGGUCAAUCCCUGAAGGAAGCUGCGGCACAUGCUGCUUCAUCCCACCUUUCCAUUUCUCAGGUCCUUAUUGCUGAUUCUGACAAAUUUACUUAUCCUUUGGCUGAACCAUGGGCCAAAUUAGUCCAUCUGGUUCAGCAGAGAGGUGGCUACUCACACAUAAUCGCUGCAUCAGGUUCAUUUGGGAAAAAUGUAUUACCGCGUGCAGCAGCCCUUCUGGACAUUUCUCCAAUUACUGAUGUCACUAAGAUAUCUGGAUCAAACCUCUUUAUUAGGCCAAUAUAUGCAGGAAAUGCUCUUUCCACAAUUCGUUACACAGGUUCCAGCCCAUGUAUGUUGAGCAUUAGAGCUACAUCUUUUCCUGUUGCUUCAUUACCGGCUGAUUCGAAAUCUGAUGCUGCCUCAAUAGAUCAAGUUGAUCUUUCAACCUUGGAUGAAGAUGAUUCAGUUGGUAAAUCAAGAUAUAUAAAGCUUUCCUCCCAAAAUGCGGAACGCCCGGAUCUUGGAAAUGCACGUAUUGUAGUUACUGGGGGACGAGGUGUAAAGAGUGCUGAGAACUUCAAAAUGAUAGAUAAGCUCGCAGAGAAAAUUGGUGCUGCAGUUGGUGCCACUCGUGCUGCUGUAGAUGCUGGAUUUGUUCCCAAUGACCUCCAGGUUGGCCAGACUGGAAAAAUUGUUGCCCCAGAAUUGUAUAUGGCUUUUGGGGUUUCUGGGGCGAUUCAACACAUAGCAGGCAUGAGAGAUUCCAAGGUCAUUGUUGCUGUGAAUAAAGAUGCGGAUGCACCCAUAUUCCAGGUUGCUGAUUAUGGACUUGUGGGUGAUCUUUUCGAGGUCAUUCCGGAGUUAUUAGAGAAAAUUCCUGAGAAAAAGUAGACAAAUACCAAUGUAUUCCUUAGAGAACUUAGAAAAUACAGGAAAGUCCAUUCAAUAAGAUGAAGAUGAUGUAUGUGGUGGAGGACGUAUUGUCAUCCACGAAUAAUAUAUAAUUAUUGUAUUAUUUCAACAAUUUUUCACUGCUAUUCUUCUUCGUCA